CCCAGAGUUUGGGGCGCUGAGCCGCGCCAAGAGCGGGGCCCAGCCGUGGGGAUACGCGGUGGUGGUUGCUGCCUUGCAGACAGCGUUUCCCUCGACUCCAGUUAGGAAGUGGUGGGGGUGGUGUGGCCCACGUCGGGAGGUAUCGGAACGCCGCAGCGCGAAAGAGAAUUCGCCUGUGUUCGAGACAGCAGCCGGGCGUGCGGGGAGCGGCGGCAGGCUCUCGCUCGAGGCACCAUGGGCUGCACGCUGAGCGCCGAGGACAAGGCAGCGGUGGAGCGGAGUAAGAUGAUCGACCGCAACCUCCGCGAGGAUGGCGAGAAGGCGGCCCGCGAGGUCAAGCUGCUGCUGCUCGGUGCUGGUGAAUCUGGGAAAAGUACAAUUGUGAAGCAGAUGAAAAUUAUCCAUGAAGCUGGUUACUCAGAAGAGGAGUGUAAGCAGUACAAAGCAGUCGUCUACAGUAAUACCAUCCAGUCCAUUAUUGCCAUCAUCAGGGCCAUGGGGAGGUUGAAGAUAGACUUCGGUGACUCAGCUCGGGCGGAUGAUGCCCGCCAACUCUUUGUGCUUGCUGGAGCUGCUGAAGAAGGCUUUAUGACUGCUGAACUUGCUGGAGUUAUAAAGAGAUUGUGGAAAGAUAGUGGUGUACAAGCCUGUUUCAACAGAUCCCGAGAGUACCAGCUUAAUGAUUCUGCAGCAUACUACUUGAAUGACUUGGACAGAAUAGCACAGUCAAAUUAUAUCCCAACUCAACAAGAUGUUCUUAGAACGAGAGUGAAAACUACAGGAAUUGUUGAAACCCAUUUUACUUUCAAAGAUCUUCAUUUUAAAAUGUUUGACGUGGGAGGUCAGAGAUCCGAGCGAAAGAAGUGGAUCCAUUGCUUUGAAGGAGUGACUGCCAUCAUCUUCUGUGUGGCACUGAGUGACUAUGACCUGGUUCUAGCCGAAGACGAAGAAAUGAAUCGAAUGCAUGAAAGCAUGAAGUUGUUCGACAGCAUAUGUAACAACAAAUGGUUUACAGAUACAUCUAUCAUACUUUUUCUAAACAAGAAGGAUCUCUUUGAAGAAAAAAUCAAAAAGAGCCCUCUCACUAUAUGCUAUCCAGAAUAUGCAGGAUCAAACACAUACGAAGAGGCAGCUGCAUAUAUUCAAUGUCAGUUUGAAGAUCUCAAUAAAAGAAAGGACACAAAGGAAAUAUACACCCACUUCACAUGUGCCACAGAUACUAAGAAUGUGCAGUUUGUUUUUGAUGCCGUAACAGAUGUCAUCAUAAAAAAUAAUCUAAAAGAUUGUGGUCUCUUCUGAGUUUUACAGUUAAUGGUAACAUGCAUUUUCAAACCAAAUGAGUACUUAUAUAUGGAUCUCUCUAGACUAGAGUCUUGCAGCAACGCAGAAUGUAGUGUAUGGCAAAUGCAUCUGGGACUUGACCAAAGUUGUUCUGUUUUUGUUUUUUAAUUUUUUGUUCUUUUUUUGUUUUUUGUUUUUUCCUUUGUUAACUGAAAGUAACAGAAGGACCUUUCUUAAACAUAAAA